GGCGGAGUCAGUUGAGUGAGAGACGUGUUUGAGAGUGGUGGUGGUGAUCGUACUCGUAUUCCGUCUUACGAGCUAUGAGUGCCGGUUAUAAAUCAAGAAACAAAUCCCAAUAAAAAAAAAUAACAACAAACAAAUGUAUACAAAAAUGCAAGGUAUUCGCUUUGGACGAGGGAUAUUAUCAGUUUCGACCUCCCUGAUCCUGAGUACUAUAAUCAUACUGCAUAUACACAUUCCCGGUGGCGCAGCAGCAUAUGAAAAUGAUCCCUGCCUAACGAAAAAUUCCACCGGUAUUUGUAAAACUUGGUCAGAUUGCCCCAUAAUGCGAACACUGAGGCAACAAAAAAUCUACACAAUCUAUGACGUAGUUAGAUGUGGUUUUGGAAUCUAUGAGGAAUUGAUUUGUUGCCCGAUUCUUAGAACUGAAAUGCGUUUCAUGGAAGUACCAGCCACAACAACAACACCAACAUCAACGACAACAACCACAACAACACUAAGAUCAACAACGGAAGGAAAUAGAGAACGAGGCCAUAGGGAAGGUAGAACGGAUACAAUUACUUUUAGCCAUAAUAUCAGGAUUUCAACAAAUAUUGCCAACACUUCCAAGACGCCAACUGAAAGAAACCAAAUUAACACAGCGAUGCCAAAUCGUUUGAAUUCGAAUACAGGAAAUGCCAGACAGAAAGCGGAUUCCGUGGAGAUGUUAUGGGAACGCCUUUUACAGAGUGAAAAACAAAAAUCGCAACAACAAAAGCAAAUGGAACGUUUAGUCGUCCCCGUAGAGGAUGCAUCCUCCAAAGAGAGGCCAGCCGUUAGAGCAUGUCGCCGCUUACAGGCCGGCCGUAAACCCAGCCUGUCUGAACACAUUUUAAAUGGCAUACCCGCCGAAUUGGGUGAGUUUCCCCAUUUGGCAGCCAUCGGUUACAGCCGUAACGACAGUCGUGGUGGUUUCAACAUCUUCUGUGGUGGCAGUUUAAUCGAAUCCCGUUUUGUCUUGACGGCAGCCCAUUGCGUUGCAAGAACAGAUAUAGUUCCGGAUUUUGUAUUCCUCGGUGUGGCAAAUUUCUCAAAUCCCGAGGAAAUGCAACAGGCGGUGAAAGUGAAUAUUAAGAAAGUCCAUAUCCAUGAUGACUAUUCGCUAUUGUCAGCUUACAACGAUAUUGCUGUCUUGGAAUUGGAAAGACCUGUAACCUUCAAUGAGUACGUCUAUCCGGCAUGUUUGAAUACAGAUCCCACAGAUCCCGGGCCAGAUGUACAACAUUGGGUAUCCGCUUGGGGUUCAGUGGCUGUGGGAAGUAAUGUAUUUUCCAACAUUUUACUGAAAAUCCCCCUAUUCGUGAAACCCCUUGACGAAUGCAAUGCGGUUUAUGUCAAAUACGGUUUGGUGUCACGUAACCGCCGAGGCAUUGUUAGUACCCAGCUAUGUGCCGAAGAUAAGGAAAAGAAAAAAGACGCCUGUCAGGGUGAUUCGGGGGGUCCGUUAUUUGUAGAUGUGGAUGAAAUCCGUAAAUGCUAUAAAAUAGUGGCUGUGGUAUCCUCUGGUUUCAGUUGUGGCAAUAGAACACCAGGUCUCUACACCAGAGUGGCAUCGUAUUUGGAUUUUAUAGAGAGUAUCGUAUGGCCCAAUAGUGGCGAAGGUUCAAAGUGAUUUAGAAUAUUUAAAAACCUUUUUCUGUAUGACGAUUCAAAAGGGAUCCUUAAAGAAAAACCUAAGUAUUUUUUAUAUUAAAUUAAAUAAAAAAUUUAUAAAGAAAAAUCAUACAAGGAAUGGGGGUUUUUCUUUCGAGUUCAUCUUUAAAUCGUCAUGCAGAAACAGACCAUUAAAGGUUUAACAUUAAGCAG